CGACGAAAGGAGAGAGAAACUGGGUGAAGGUUUUUUUUUUUCCCUCUUCCUUUAAUUAUUGAGAAGAUUUACGAGGACUACGUGGGUUACCACCGAUUUGGCCGGCAGAGGGCGUGGAGGCAUGGCGGGAGUUGAAGAUGCGGCCAUCGAUGAUCGUAAUUGUCGCCGUGAUUGUGGUAAAUCGCCGGAUUCCGCCGGCGACGAUGGGGUCGACGACUCUCCCUCGUCUCCGGGAGUUUCGUGCUCGAUUUGCCUCGAACCGGUGGCCGAGGACGGUAGCAGAUCCAGGGCUAAGCUCCAAUGCGGGCACGAAUUUCAUCUGGACUGUAUUGGGUCAGCUUUUAACACGAAGGGAGCUAUGCAGUGCCCGAAUUGCCGAAAAGUUGAGAAAGGUCAGUGGUUGUAUGCAAAUGGAUCUCCUCGACCGUUUCCUGAGUUCAUGGACGACUGGAUUCCGGAUGAGGAUUUGUAUGGUUUAAGCUAUCCAGAAACGCACUAUCGGUUCCAGUGGUGCCCGUUUGGCGAACUCUCUCACGCUGCUGCUUCUUUCGAGGAACUGGAUUCUCCUACGACCACAUAUCACGAGUUCAAUGGACACCACACCAUAUAUGCGGAACACACUGCCACGUCUUCCAUUGCCCACUCUCACUCGUAUCUUGCAUACGUCGGACCGGUUCCAGCCGCCACAACUACAAGGACUGGCGACAGUGCCGAAGAUCAUCAUCCAUGGAACAGCCACUCUGGACAAAACGACAACUUUAACAGGCUUGCAGUUGCUACCCCUUAUCUUGGCUGGGAACACCUUCAUCAUCUCUCCCAUUCUUUUCCUCUGCCCACUGGUCACGCUGUCGCUGCCGCCGAUCCGGUUGCCGCUGAAAUUGACGCUUCAGCACGGCAUAGAUCUUAUCGACACCCGUUUCUGUUUGGUUACCGGUCUGCUGCUCCGACCAUUCACCGUCACCCGGGAAGCAGAACGGUGGCACGAGAGCGAAUUCAUGCAUCUCAUAUAUUCGAUCAUCAUCGGCAGCAGCAAACAGGCAACGGUCUGAAUCUGGCUUGGCAUCUCAACCACCUGACAAGAAGAGGUGUUCUGCCGGAACAGAGCAGCGGAUUCUUCGUCUUCCCUCAUCCAAGCAGCCUAAACGAGACAGAGACCGAUCAUUUCCAGACAUGGGAGAACGAUUGGUUUCCACGUUUCCCGGUCUCAUCCCGAGACUCUGCCUCUGGCUGGGGCUCCCACUCUAACCUGUGGCGCAGGCAUUUCUCCUAAACUCAAAAAGGUGUUUCUCUGUUUUAUUCAGAGAAUCUUGGUCUGAAGUCUCGUCGAAGAACUUCAUGAAGUUAUCCUCUUCUUAUUUUUUUUGGGUCUAUUAUUGGCUGUAAAUGGGGAAACCUUAUAAAACUUCGGUAAUGAUAUGUAUGUUAAAACUGUUUCUGCGUAUGAGCUUGCUUUCCGGUGAA